AAGUGGGAGUCUAGAAAUAUUCAAACCCUAACUUCGUAACAAUCCGAAACAAGAUCUGGGUAUAUCAGAAUCACUGCUUAGGGUUUCAAACUCGGAAUAUUCCCUGAGAAAUUCUUAUCAGAAUCAGAUAAAAUCUCAACAGAAAGGAGAGAAAACCCUCUGUCUAUAUAAAUCCUUAGAAUCGCAACAAACCCCUCUCACUCGCAAAGAAGAAAACUUUCUGAAUCUGCAUCACGAGAUUUGACAUGGGUUCGUCUCGAAUUCUUCUCAUCUUCUCUGUUUUGCUGUGCAUCGCCGUCGUCAGCCAUGGCGGAGCCACCAGCAGCUACGUCCGAACAGCCCAACCUGCCACCGAGAUGGAUCUCGAAACCUUCCCUCCUCCUCCCGGCUUCAACGCUCCCGAACAGGUGCAUAUAACGCAGGGAGAUUACACGGGAAGAGGAAUGAUCAUCUCGUGGGUAACGCCGUUAAAUCUGGGCUCUAACGCCGUUACUUACUGGGCAGCGGAGAACAAUGGGAGGCACAAGCAUAGAUCUCACGCGUCCACGAAGUUCUACAGAUUCUACGACUACACUUCUGGUUACAUUCACCACGCCACCAUUAAAGGACUUAAGUAUGAUACUAAGUACAAUUAUGAGCUUGGAAGCGGUAACAGCACGAGGAGAUUCUCCUUUACUACUCCCCCAGAGAUCGGACCCGAUGUUCCGUACACAUUCGGAGUCAUGGGUGAUCUAGGGCAAACUCUUGCAUCUAACGAGACACUGAGCCAUUACAUGUCGAACCCGAAAGGACAAGCCGUGCUUUUUGCAGGGGACUUGUCCUAUGCAGACAACCACCCGAACCAUGACCAGAGAAAGUGGGAUUCUUGGGGCCGGUUCGUCGAGCGCAGCACCGCCUUCCAGCCCUGGAUUUGGACCGCCGGCAACCACGAGCUUGAUUUUGCCCCAGAAAUAGGAGAAACUCAUGCCUUCAAGCCGUUCACGCACCGGUACCAUGUCCCUUACAAAUCCUCGAAGAGUACUUCCCCUCUUUGGUACUCCAUCAAACGUGCCUCCGCCCAUAUCAUCGUGCUCUCUUCUUAUUCUGCCUACGGGAAGUACACACCGCAGUACACAUGGCUCGAGCAAGAGCUGAAGAAGGUUAACCGGAAAGAGACCCCGUGGUUGAUAGUGCUCGUACACUCGCCGUGGUACAACAGUAACAACUACCACUUCAUGGAAGGAGAGACCAUGAGGGUUAUGUUCGAGUCUUGGUUGGUCGAGAACAAAGUCGAUAUCGUCUUCUCUGGUCACGUCCAUGCCUACGAGCGAUCCGAACGAGUCUCAAACAUUCAGUACAACAUUACCGACGGCCUGAGCUAUCCCGUCAAAGACAAGUCGGCUCCUGUUUACAUCACCAUCGGCGAUGGUGGCAACAUCGAAGGAAUCGCAGACUGCUUUACGCAGCCACAACCGAGUUACUCGGCGUUCAGAGAGGCGAGUUUCGGACACGCGCUUCUGGAGAUAAAGAACAGAACGCAUGCCCUUUACACGUGGCAUAGGAACCAAGACAGCGAGCCUGUCGCUGCAGAUUCGCUCUGGUUGCACAACAGAUACUUCUUCCCCGAGGAUGAGAAUGUUUCCGGCAACUCUAGGGUUUGAGUUCUUAGGGUUUUUUUUUUCGAUAGGAUCAGUCUUUGGUUAAUAAGCUCUUCUUUGAUUUUGAUGUUGUUCCGUUACUUUUCAUGGUUUUUUUUUAUAAUCAGU